UGGUCGUACCUGACAGCUGAUUACAAUGUAAGGAUGCCGAUCAACACGCCUAGAUGGAGGCUCUUACUUUCAACCUUUAUUGGAAUUUGGCUACCUUCCGUACUUGUCAUGAUUUUAGGUGCGGCGAUGUAUGAUGGAGUAUCCGACGACGUCGCUUGGUCGGAGGCAUAUGCUGCGUAUGGUGUUGGUGGCCCGCUUGCGAAGUCUCUCGAGCCAGCUGGGGGGUUUGGUAAAUUCCUUCUCGUGCUCGCUGGCUUAAGCUCAGUUGCGAACAACAUUCCAAACGGAUACAGCUUCGCCAUCGCAGCUCAGAACUUUGGCCCAUGGGCAAUACGGGUACAAAGAGUUGUGUUCGUGACGAUGGGCUUCAUCGUCUCGGUGGUCGUGGGAUAUCUUGCUUCGCUAUCAUUUGAGGAGUCUCUGAUUACCCUUCUGGACAUCCUUGGAUACUGGGUCGUAUUUUUUCUUGUUGUCGUAGCGGAAGAGCACUUGAUAUUUCGUCGCUGCGACUGGUCUCGCUACAACUUCGACGACUGGGACAAUCCUCAUCAGUUGCCAUUUGGAUGGGCUGGCAUUAUGGCUUUUGUCUUCGGAUUUCUGGGCGCCUUGAUGGGCAUGUCCGAGGCUUGGUACACCUCACCCAUCGCGAAGUUGAUUGGAGGUGGCAAUAUCGGCCAUGAAUUGACCUGUGGCUUUCAGCUGUCACGUUUCCAUUUUUUCGAUGGCUCGAGCUCAGGUUUCGGGGCAGGUGACUGUCAGGUCAAGCAAAGAGGCCACAGCAAUGAGCGAUCUGACCAGGCAAGUUGGGAAUAG